AAAAUAAGUCUUAAAAAAUUUAAAUCUUUUUUUAAACAAUUAAAAAAACAAAUAUUUUUUGUUAGAGAAAUAAAUAAAAAAAAAAAGAAAAUAAAAACCGCCGUAAGAUAUUUUUAAACUUUCAAAGUUCAUGAGUGUUGAACUUAGAUAUUUGACCUAAACAAUGAAAGAUGUGUAGUACGAGUAUACAUAUAUAGGUAUCUACCUACCAAGGCACCUGCCAUACAGUCUUUCCAAGUGAUUAAUAAAAAUGUUUUGCCUUAUAAAAAAUAAUACCUAUAUCUAAUUUUGCAUACCAACCUACCUACAUAGAUAUUUAAAAUGUUAUGUUAAAAUGAAAAUGAAAAUGUUGGUGUCUUCUAAAUUAUUUCACGUGGUUUAUUUUAUAUAAAUUCAAAAUUGAUAUAUUGUUCAAAGUUCAAUAAAAUUCAUAUUAAAGAUAAAGAUAAUAAAUAAAAAAAUGGUGGAAUCGUAAGUUUAUCUAACAAAAUAUUAAAAAUAACACAAACAACAAAUUUUAAACUAUUAUUAAUUUAAUAGUGAGUAAGUGAGUGAGUGAGUGACGACAGUGAGAGAAAAAUCCUAUACACACUCUUCAACUGAACCAACAGUCAACACUUGGGAAUUUUUCUCGUGCGUAGUAUAAUAAUAAUUAAAUUGGUGAAUUUGUUUAAUUUUCGCUUAAAAGCACUUUUGAAGACCAGUGUUGUUCAUGGUUUCGCAAAUUACCCAACGGAUUUUGAUAAAACAAUAAAACAAAAUUUUUAUUUUUACUGACGACGACGACGACGACACAACACGACGACGUUAUUUGAUCAUAUCGAGAUCUAGUGUGAAUGUCUACAGACAAGCCUCAGGUACGAGAAAACUUAACAAACAGCAUUGCAAGCAUUAAAUAUCGUGACAAAUCAUCAAUAUCUCCCACAAAAAUGGUGCUAUCAACAAUUCCCCUAGAAGGAGGCCAUGUCGUCAUCCGACAAUCAAAUGGUUCCUCGCAAUUAACAACUGCAAAUAUGCAAUCUCAACAACAACAGCAACAACAACAACACCACCACCACCAGCAACAACAACAACAGCAGCAACAGCAGCAUCAUUUAAUAAACACGAAUCAAACAAAUGGUUAUUCAACAACCACCACUCAAAUGCAUCACAGCAGCCCUUCCUCGACUUUAAUUACAACAAGUAGCACCAAAAAUACCUACAUCAGCAACGUUGGAAAUAAUAUUUCUUCCAAUGGUAAUGCAAUGGCAAAUACUAUUCCAACGCAAUCAAAAUAUGUGUUUUUGCAACAAAACGGAAACGGGCAGUACACAACAAACGAAGUUGUUUUGUUAGCGACUGAACCCGUGGACAUGGGAACCACCACCGAACAGGUUAUAUCUGUGAACGAAGCUGGAACGGCCACCGUUUGCGAUGAGGAACUAACUUCGCUGUCAUGGUUGCAUGAUAAAAAUCUAUUAAAAGGUUUUGUGCCCUGUUCAAAGAACAGCCGAAAAGCAACCGAACAACGCAUUCAAGCUCAAAGCAAUGGUGGUGGAACACCAGUAACGAUUAUCAACGCUGGAGGUCAAGUUUCGCCGACAAGUGAAUACAUAGAGGAAUCGCCGGGAAUCUCUGAAGAAAAUACAUCCAACAUUGAACAUGCAAUCAAUGAAUAUUCCUCGCAGCCGCAUAUUCAUUACAGCACUACGACGACCACCACCACCACUAACAAUAAUAACAACAACAAUCAUGCUUUGGUAAAAAAUCGCAAUGGCCAUCAAAUUUUGUCACCAAUUCAUACCGCCAACAAUGGUGGUAAUUACAUUAACUCCAGUCAGUCCUCCUCUAUCCAUGAGCAAGUAAGCGGAAGUUUGGCAGCAAUUGGUGCAACAACAACAGUUCAUGUUGGUCCCAGUGGAACCACCACUGUGGUUGAGUAUAAGACAAAUUCAAACUUUGCCCAAUCCCGAUUGAGCGGCGGAAAUGGGGUUAACAGCAGCGGUUCGGGUGGAACUACAAUAACUCCCGCCGCUAACAAUUAUGUGCCUUCUUCUCCCCAAAGGAAUAUUGUUCUCACGAAUGUGGCAAGUCCACAUCAUCAGCAGCAACAGCAUCAACAAUUCACUAGUUCCAGCAACAAUAGCAAUAGUACUCUGUCCACUACCCACCAUCCGCACAAAAAGUACCUGCGUGAAAAAAUGAACGGUUUCGAUCAGAGCGGUGGCGGCGGAACCAACAACAGUGGAGGAGGAAGUUCCAACAAAAACUCUAAUGCUAAUAUACCUUCUCCCUUCAGCUCGAGUUCAAGUACUGGUUCUAGUGCUUCUUCUCCAGCUUCAUCAGGUGCAAACUUUGCCAUCAACACUGUCAGCCAUACAUCGUCACAAGGAGUUUCAACUCUAUCACCAGAACCACCAAGAGAAUACCAUACACAAAAUGUACACCUGCACAGUGUAAUGAAAAGUCCAGCAUCAUACUCCACAAACAGCUACGAGAAUGAUUCGCUCAAAGAUUUUGAACUUACAUCAGUACCUUCGACCAAUAAUGGUCGGAUACCUUCGUCAAUAAAUGCACAUCAACAUUCGCAGCAGCAACAUCAACCGCUACCCCUCCAGAAAUCAUCACCUACUCCGCCAAAGCAAAAACAUCCAACGAAUGUGCCAUAUGAUCCAUUGGUGCAUACUCACAAUAAACCGCCAUAUAGCUUUAGUUCCUUAAUCUUCAUGGCAAUUGAAGGCUCGACAGAAAAAGCUUUGCCAGUAAAAGAAAUAUACGCAUGGAUUGUCCAGCAUUUCCCGUACUUUAAAACAGCUCCCACCGGAUGGAAGAACAGCGUGCGACAUAAUCUUUCGUUAAAUAAGAGUUUUGUGAAAGUUGAAAAGGCACCGAACAUGGGUAAAGGUUCUUUGUGGCGUGUAGAACAGCAACAAAGGCAAAAUCUUAUUCAAGCACUUUCACGUUCACCGUUCUUCCCAAAUUCAGCAGUCGAUAAGAUCUCUUUGAAGAGUCCAACAGGCAGUACAAAUGGUAUUGUCAUGCCUAACAGUCCAGCUGUUUCAACUGAAUCAGACGGUAGUCCACCGAUGACACCUGGAAAAUGUAAUUUAGAUGCACGACUCUUUCCAAAUCUAUCCAAAGCCAUUAAACUAAUGGAAACUAAUGACCAAGAUGAUGAUAGUCCGUCCGAUUAUAGUACGAUCAAAGCGGGCAAUGGUUACUAUACGAACGGAAAUUCAACUCCAAAUGGAAGUUUUGAAAAUAUUGAACUUAUGGCUAGAGAUUGCGGUACCGAUAGCAUAGAUGAUGUUAACGCUGCAACAGCUAUGCUGGCGUUAAAACAUGGACCAAAAGUUUUUAAUGAAACAUUUCAAAAUGGUUCUCCAGUAAUUACAUCAUCACCAAGUGAGGAUCACACAUAUUCAGCUGGUGGUGGUGGCGUCAGUAGUACAAGUAAUACUAAUGGCACCACUGCCAAUAACAAUACUAACUCAAGUUUCAAUGGGAGCAUGAUAGCAAAUGGAAGUGGCGAUAAACCUGCCGUUCCCACAAAUGGUUUUUCUCCUGAUAAUCAAAGUAACUGUGCCUCAUCAGAUGCAGCAUACGAAAGUAGCGAAGAAAGUCACAAUAUAUCUCCGGAAGAACUUGAAGACCAACAACGACACCGUGAUGGUGUCUACGCCCUACUCUCAUUAUCGUCGCAUGUUGACAUGUCACCCAUCAAACGUCCAUCAUCAACAACCGUCGAAGAGGAGCACAUAUCUUCAUAUAUGGAAAACAUACCACAUCUCAAUGGGAAGGGUCUUCUCGUAAACGGCUGUGGCGCCUUAGUAGUUAACGGCAGUGGCAGCGGAGUUCUCGACGAAGGCUAUAACACUCAAAGUUACUACAGUCACAUGGCAUCGCCAUCACCUCCAAAGAAACAAAAACCCCUGCGAAAUAUUCGGGCUAAAAUUAAACGCAAGACCACGUUGAUACGAUGAACGGUUUCAAGUUCGGUCGGCCAGUACAAAGCUGCUGACUGUCGCUAAAUUGUCUUCGCAGUAGUAGGCUUAUAUUGUAAGGUUUCUAAAACGGUAAAAUAGGUUCUUUUAUAUAAAUGUAAAUCUAAGCCACAUAUUGUAUAUUGUGCCUCAAAAACCCCUUAAAAAUUUAGCCCUUCCGUUUCUUUUUUAUUUUUGUUACAAAUUUUCAUGGGACAGUUUUUGUGUUGUGUUUGUUUGAUAUGUUAUGCAUUGUUGUAAAGUUGCGUUUGAAUUUGAUAGAAAAAGUUAUUGUUAUAAAUAUCAUAAGUAUCGUAAGAUACAAGUGCUUUAGAAUAUAAUUGUUGUUUGAUGAAUUGGAUUUUGCUUGGGAAUUAAAAAAAGAAAAAAAAACAAAAGUAAAUGAGAGAGAAGGUCGAUUGGAAUUAAAUGAGAGCAAAUUGAAAUCUAACCCAACUAUUGUACCUUAACUUUUAUGAUAUCUUUGUUGUUGAAAAAGGGCAACCCUCUUGUUGUUCUUUUAGUACACUAACAAAUAUCCAAACUUAAAAAAAAAAAACAAAACGUAUCUUCCUUCUUUCCUAAGAGAUUUAUUCCGUUUUUUUACAAAAGAAAAAUAUAAAACAAAAUCACAAAAAUAAAUAAUAACGUGAAAGAAAAAGAGAAGAAAACCAAACAAAAAGUGCCUACAAACUCUUAGAAUUUUUUUUUUUUUCAAAAAUAAUAAUUAUUUUUAUCUUUCCUUUAAUUUGAUGACUGAUUGUUAAAGAAAUAUUAAAUAAAUUUAUAUAAACAAAUAAAAUAAAAUAAAAGAAAAAUAUCGCUAUGAUAAAUUUGUGCAAUAAUAAUUAAAUUGAGAACAAACAUUUUGUUCCUCCUACCAGUCACAAGAUCCACAAAAUAUUUGUGUAUUCUAAGUUUUACUUCAAUUUUUAAUUUUAAUAAUGAUAACCAUCUAUUUUUAUUUUUAUAUAUAUUUAAGAUAAUAUAUAUAAUAUAUUUUUUAUGAUUAUGCUAUCAGAAAUGCAUUAGAAAUACAUUAUAUACAUACAUAUAGUUAUAAUAGUAAAUUACUUUACAUGGACUGUAAACGAAACGUUGUUUUAAACUAUUAUUUUUCGCAAAACAUAAAGCCUAUAAAUAUUCUGAAUCAUAUUAAGAAUGUAUUGUAUACAAACAAACAAAAAUAGAAUGAAGCUAUAAAAACAUACAUAUUUUAGACGAAAAACAUGCAUAUUAAAUUACAUACAUAAAUAAAUUAAUUAAUACUCGUUGCAAACGACAAAUGAAUUGCUUACAAAUAUUCAAAAUUUCAUUUCCAGUGUCAAAUCGUAUAUUAACAAAGUACAUACAUACAUAUAUCAAAAAAGCUAACUAUAACAAAAUUUAACAAAAUUAAAAAUAGUCGAAAAAUGUUACCACAAAAAAGCAAUGAAAGAAGUCUGACUUAAAAAAAAAAGCAUCAUAUGAUAUGAAUUUUGUUCUUUAAAAAACAAAAAAUAAA